AUGUCUCCCGGCGCACCCGACGGCAGGAGGCCCGAGAAAACGGACGCCGUCGCCCGGCGGAUGAUCGCCGGGGCACUCGGGGUCAAGGCGCCAAAGCAAACGGAAGAGCAGAAAGCCUAUGACCGGGCGAUCAAGGAGCAAGCAAGGAAGAAGAAGGAGGAAGAGAGGGAGAUAUCGGAUAUAGCCCAGUACAAACGCGGGGUUCCCAAGCUUAUCGGCGCGUGA